UAUGGGGGACGCGUAGCUUCUCUUUGCUCUUCCCGGGGCAUGAAAGCUGCUAAUUGCUGAGCGAUGAGGGCGUGACCGCAUGAUUCGCUUGAUUCGCCCUCUCAGCUCGCCCGAGUCACGCCUCCUUAUUAACUCACCAACGUUCCAACGCCGCCGGCAUCGACCCUUCCGGGGUUUCGCCGCCUUUCCUCACACCCCGACCCGUAUCCCUUCAUAUUCCCCUGAAACCCACUCCUACUUGAAGCGUCUCGUCUCCUCCCGUCGCCGCCGCCGGGACCGCCCUCACCCGGCGACAAUGGAUCGCGCUGGAGACUCCUCGUCGGGAUCCGAUUCCUCCUCGGCCGCCGAGGACUACGUUCACGUCCCCAGUGCCGACCCCCCUGGGGCGGUCGCCGCGGCCGAACAGGCGGUGCGGAACCCUAACCCUAACCCUAGCGCGCAUCCCGAGCUCCCUGAGGCACCGUUCAGGAGAUCUAUCGAAGAGGCCGCCUCUGCUUUGGUUGCCGCCGAUGAUGAAGUUCUUGGAGGGGUGGGAGGUCCGGAGAUGGCUUCUUUUGAUAGGGGAGAGGAGCGGAAGAGGGUUCUUCUGGAGGAGUUAUCGAAGGGCGUGGUGGUCUUAAAGUGCGAGACCUCGGCCGAAGGCGGCACCUGCGACGUGUACCUGGUUGGAACGGCUCACGUUUCUCAGGAAUCAUGCAAGGAAGUUCAGGCUGUCAUCAGUUACUUAAAACCGCAGGUUGUUUUCUUGGAGUUGUGUUCGAACCGUGUUGCCAUCUUGACUCCCCAAAAUCUUAAGGUUCCUACUGUCAGUGAAAUGAUUGACAUGUGGAAGAAAAAGAAGAUGAAUACUUUUGGAAUUCUCUACAGCUGGUUUCUUGCCAAGGUUGCUGAUAAACUUGAGGUUUUUCCUGGUUCCGAGUUUCGAGUGGCAUUUGAAGAAGCAAUGAGUUAUGGAGCCAAGGUUAUAUUGGGUGAUCGUCCAGUCCAUAUCACCUUGAGGAGAACUUGGGGCAAAAUGCCAUUAUGGCAUCGAAUAAAAUUUCUGCACUACAUACUCUUCCAAGCAAUCUUUUUACCCAGCCCUGAAGAUCUCAAUAAAAUGUUGAAGGAAAUGGAUGAUGUUGACAUGCUGACACUUGUAAUUCAAGAGAUGAGCAAGGCAUUCCCCACAUUGAUGGAGACACUUCUACAUGAACGUGAUAUUCGGGUUUCUACCUCGCCACAAUCGAUUGCGUCGACAUAUGCUUCUUCCUUUGAGUUCUCAUUCUAAGUUCAACACCUCCCGACGGUAGUUGGUAUCAGAGCAUGGUUUCGAGAUGCCGUUUCGCCGCCCCAACAUCGAGGAACGUGUUGAACAUUAGCAAGAUCUACGAGAUAUCGAACUAGAUGAAUUGUGCCACUAGCUCAAACAACUUCAAGAAGAAAAUCAGCGGCUUCAUCAACGACAAGAGCAAUGUAAACGCUGAUAUCGCCAGGGUUUCAAUCACUACUCUAACAGAGAGCCCUCUAAUGAUAGAAGCGAGCGUUUUAAUGAAGGCGAGAGAUUUCAAUCCAUUCUACAAGAGAAGAAUGUUUUUAUCGAGUGAAGAAGAUAUUCAUCGCCAAUGCGAACGAAGAUCACAUCACAACUAUCACGACUUCAGCAUAGAAAUCCUCAACUUUGAAAGACGCCAGCAACUUGGCAAGUUCGUUGAUUAGCUCCACACCAUUGAACGAGUUUUCAAGCUUAACAAAGUUUCUGACGAUUGAUCCACGAACCUCAUUGCCAUCAAGCUCAAGAACCAUGCAUAAAUUUAAUGGGAAAAUCUAAAACGAUGAUGUCAGCAUGGACACAGCAAGAUUUGAAUGUGGGACGAGAUGUGUCAUGAACUCAAAUGUAAGUAUCUGAAGAUUAUCAUCAAAAUAAAUUUCUUAAGCUCCACAAUCUUCGACUAUGCGACAUGACCGUAAAAGGGUACACAAUGGAAGUUGAGUAACUUCUUAUGACCUGUGACCAAUGUAUGCCGUACCGGUACUGGUAGGUGUACGGUCGCCUACCGGACCGGUACGGUUUCGGUUUGCACCGGUUUGAAUCGGCCAACAGACCUGCGUGGACGCAUGCGCUCUGGCGCGCGCGGACGCGUUAAAUGUCACAGAGUGGCAUUAAAUGGCCCGCGUGGGGCAACGCGCGGGAGCGAUUUCGAGUCCAAGCGCGGAAAAUCGCACGCGGGGAACCACACGUGGGCGAGAUUUCCAGCUCCCAUCCGCGCACGGUUCCCCGCGCGUGCCCAUGCAUACGUGAAUGCCACAGAGGCAUUAAUGGCUAAUGCGCUACCCUGUGCGGGUGUGAUUCCUAGUCCGAGCACGGGGAACCACAUGCGGGCGCGGUUCCCAGCGCGUGUCCGCGCGGACGCGCGCAACCCGAAUGCCACAGAGUGGCGUUAAAUGCCACACUAUGGCAGUAAAUGGCUAGCGCGGGGUAGCGUAGGACAGCGCGCCCACGCGGGGCCGAGUUCGCGCGUGGGGAACCAGUUCCGAGCUUGUACCGGUCGGUUCCGGCUCCUUUGGGUCAGAACCGUUUUCCAUGCUUGAACUGAACCGGUCAGGGACUGGACCGGUCCGGUACGGGCUAAACCGGCUGGUAUGGGCUGGUUCAGCAUACCAUGCCUGUGACAUUAAGGAGCUUGAAGAGCAAACCAUAGCGCCGAAGGACUGAAGCAUGAAAUUGAGCAAGUCAUAUAACUCCAACCCUAUUGCAUGCUGAAUGAUAUGAUAGGAUAGGCAACAAAAGUCGAGAAUCAACAAUUGAGAAUAAGUAAUUGCGCUUUCCAUGGUAUGGAGAUGGAGCGUCCAACUGGGGGAGUUCCAUGUCGAAGACGUCGGUAUCCGCCAAAAUCGGUGCCUCCCAACUGUCUCAGAAGAAGGGUAAGGACAUCCUCAGCAACUCCAACCAUUUCUUUGCCUCUAACCCUUGCAAGUGUUUCAAGUGCCAAGGAUUUGGGCAUAUUGCAGCUGAUCGCCUAAAUAGAAAGCUCAUCUUUUUGGUGGAGGAAGAAUCAUGCAUGGAAGAGGAAGAAGAAGAUCAGCCAGUCAAGUGGGAUGAGGAAGGUCCGAGCGAGGAAGAGCUAGUGCAUGCCAAUCAAGGUGAAGCUUUGGUGGUCCGCCACAGCCUUAAUACAACCAUGGUAGUUGAUGAAUAAGAUUGGUUACGCUACAUCUUCCACACUAAAUGCCCUUCACAUGGAAAGGUUGUUCUGGAUUUGGCUUUCUGUGAUGGAGUUGAAAAGGAAUUUUCAGUGAUGGAAGAUAACGUUCUUCCGAUGGCUAGCUUACAAGAAAGCCCUCUUGGAUGCCACUAUGGAGAUGGAUCUCAUGGAUGAGUUUUUAUCAGUACCAGGCUUUGAUUGCUCAGAUUUCUUUCAACUGGGUACCUUUAGUUCUACAAACCCUUUCAGUUCUUGAGGUUUUUCUCCUCUUUUUGAGGUUAGCAAUGGUGGUUCCAAUCCAAUACUGUUAGAAAAUGAUAACCAAAGUGAUGCAAAAGGUUAGUUUUCGCCACGAAUCUACUUUAAGAUGAAAUUCAAAUAGAAUUGUUUGAUGCUGCAUCAAAGGCUCUUUCCUACAUACGAGAUAUAAUUGAGAAAAGUAUUUGUCUAACCUAUGCAUUGCAAGUAGCACAAUAGGAGAAACUCAUCAUUAAUGAGGAAAAACUAAAGAAGCCUCAACCAGUUAGCUCUAUGGCAUGUAGGAUCAUUAAACAACACAAGCUUUCCUAUGCAAUCACCUUCUCAUGCACAAUCUCCAUUUUCUUCUCCUUGUCAAUUGAGCAUUUCACUUGACAUUGCUAACUUUCUCCAUCAAUUUUUUAAAAAAGAUACAAUGCAAAGACUCUGCCAAGACAGUGUUGCGGUAUCCAUGGAUCCAAAACUCAAGAUGCACUUUUGCCAUCCUUUCUGUGACAAACAGGUGGAUCAAUUAGGAAACAUUGAUGGAGAUGUCACCAUGGACUCAAGUAGGGAUAACCAAAGUGGUAGUGAAAGUCCAUCAGUAGAGAAAACAAAGAAGAAUAUGAAAAAGAGCUCGACUAUUGAUUCUAUUGAAAGGAAUUGUACCAAUGAAGACACCAGUUUAAAGUGUAACAUUGCUCAAACUACCUGCUUAGUGCAGAAAAUAUUGUUGCUGGUGUAUUUCGAAGCCAAUGGUCUUUAAUGUCUCUAAAUUUGUCA